AUGCAAACCACGUUGCUCCUGCCCACCCACCUCGCCAGACCCUGCCGCUUCAUCGCCCGCCGCCGCCAUCCCGCUGCCUGGACGCCGUCUGCUCGUCGAUUCCACCUGUCGAGUCGAUGGCGCUCCAGUGUUCCUCGUGAUCCCCAUGGCACGUCCGAUUCGGCUCACGGCAGCAAUGAUGUUGCCAACGAUGUUGCGCCAGUCGAUGGGCACGUCGAGCCGGCUGAAGAGGAGGGCAAAUCCACAACACCUACGACGAACACAACCCCUUCUCAGCGGCCAUUGAACCGGCGUACAGGCCCGUAUGGCUCGGGGAUUCGCAGGGCAAUGAGGAACAGGAAGCCCCCGCGGGAGUAUACCCCGCCCGUGGCCACGAUUCCGAGUUGGUUCCAUGAGCACAAUACAAUCCUCUAUAGCGGUGCGGAAGGACCGCAAAUACAACGGCCACCACUACUCGCAGUCGAAAAACCGAACACAGACGCAGAGGCUCCUGUCCAGAAGGAUUUGGCCCAAGGUGGGCCUGGAGGAGACAACGAUGGAUCCAAUGAGCCGGCCGGUUCGGGUAAUCGCUACGUGUUGAGCCAUGCUGUGUGGGAAGAGCUCUAUGCUUCCGCCAAGGCAGGCUUGAUGCUGCCAGCAGCAGAAUUUGCCAACGAACCGGCCGCUCUGAAGUCUCAUCUAGUCCUUCAAUAUCCGGGGGAAGAUGGAAUCCUCUUCCUGGAUGCGGUGGUUCAAAAGCUUGCCCGUAGUCUGGGAGCGAACCUGGUCACACUUAACGCGCAGGAUAUUGCUCAAUUGUGCAGCGAACAGGAUAGGGCAGAUAGUGGCAUGACGUCCCCGAUUCGAUCGCUGGGAUAUGAGGUCUACAAGCAACCCAGUGGCACGGCUUGGCAGGACGGUGACGAAACGGCGAAUGAGGGCGAUGGAGAAGACGGUGAUGUGGAAGUAUCCCCGUCGCGGUCUCGAUCGGACCUGACGGCUCCACGGUUCAUCACAAUAGAAAGCACUCGUGACCUCUCCGAUAUUCAACUUCCGAACUGGUUGGGCUUGAAAUCGCUUGUGGCAUCCCUGAACGGAUCGACCGCAGACGGUUCAGCCAACGCUGCCGCACGGAAUAACCCCAAUCGUGAACACCGAUGGUAUCGUCUCGUGAAUGAACUGGUCUCCCCAUCUGCUUCGAAGCGGCAGCUGUCCGUUGCGGAGGAUGGAUCGUCAGUGGAUGCCAAGCAGCCGGAGGAGCGGAUGGGCUCGAGUCCAGCGGUGAUUGUCCAAGUUCAAGAUUACAGGGACAUCCAAGCGACACGGGAAGGUUCUAAAUUCAUCUCCUUAUUGCAACAGGUUAUCCAGAGCCGGAGACGAGAAGGAGAACGAAUCUUAUUAGUAGGGACGGUUUCACGGGACAUCCACUCUCCGGCGGACCGCGAACGGUUCAUGCACAAUGUUCUUGACGAUCAUUUCUCAAGAACCCUGAUUAUCACUCCAGCCAUGGAUGCGAAGACGGUGGAGAAAGUGUUCACGGAGGACCGCAAGAGACGGACGAUGGAGAUUAAUAUCCGUCAUCUUCAAGAAAUGCUUCGUACAAGACUCAACGAAAACGCUACUCCGGUCGACUCGAGCAUCUUUUGCGACCGCUCGUGGGCCCUGGACCCGACCACUGUCGAGGAAUCUGGUAUCGACGAACGAUAUUGGACCUAUAACCACGUCCAUUGGGUGGCGACUCUCGCUCUGGGAUGUGCCGAACCCAACGAGCCUCUUAACCUCCAUCACAUUCAACGAGGCCUGAAGCUCAUCGAGACGACAGAUCGGGUCAGGAAUGAUUGGCUACAGGACAAACAGCCGAAAGUUGCAUCAUCUUCGGGAUCCGGGACCCGCCGCAAGCCUUCGUUGGCGGCGCUGCGGAAGACAUGCAAUGCCCAUGAGAAGAAGCUCCUGAGCGGGGUGGUCGACGCGGACAGCAUUCGGACGACGUUUGCCGACGUCCACGUACCGCAGGAAACCAUCGAAGCGCUGAAGACGCUGACUUCGCUCUCGUUGAUCCGGCCGGAGGCUUUUACGUACGGAGUCCUAGCUACCGACAAGAUCCCUGGUCUGCUGCUCUACGGCCCGCCGGGUACUGGUAAGACGCUGCUGGCCAAGGCAGUGGCGCGCGAGAGUGGCGCGACGGUGCUGGAAGUCAGCGGAUCGGAGGUGUACGACAUGUACGUGGGUGAGGGGGAGAAGAAUGUCAAAGCCAUCUUCACCCUGGCGAAAAAGCUGAGCCCGUGCGUGGUCUUCAUCGACGAGGCGGACGCCAUCUUCUGCUCCCGGACGGGGGCCAGCAGCCGCACGUCGCAUCGCGAACUCAUCAACCAGUUCCUACGGGAAUGGGACGGCAUGAACGACAUGUCCGCUUUCAUCAUGGUCGCGACUAAUCGGCCUUUCGACCUCGACGAUGCCGUCCUCCGGCGUCUCCCCCGACGACUGUUGGUGGAUCUCCCCACCGAGCAGGACCGGCGCGCGAUCUUGCAGAUCCAUCUCAAAGACGAGCAGCUGGAUCCUUCCGUCGACCUCGAUGAGCUGGCGCGCCGGACCCCGCUGUACUCGGGUUCGGACCUGAAGAACCUGUGCGUAGCGGCUGCGCUUGCCUGUGUUCGGGAGGAGAACGAGCGGGCGGCGAAGCACCAGGGCCCGGAGCCAUACCGGUACCCGGAGCGGCGAGUUCUGACCAAGGCACACUUCGAACGCGGCAUGGAGGAGAUCAGCGCGUCGAUCAGCGAAGACAUGUCGUCGCUGACGGCCAUCCGGAAGUUUGACGAAAAGUACGGUGAUCGCAAGGGUCGUCGAAAGAAGGGGCCGAGCUGGGGCUUCACGGCGCCUGGCGAGGCGGAGACGGCGGCGGAAACUGCUCGCGUGCGGACUUGA